AUAACAACAUCAGGCCUUCGGCCUUCGGUGUAUUAUUUCUUAUUAAAUCUUAUUCUUAUGCUUUAUCCAGUACAUAAUAUGCAUUGAGAUGGGAUAUUCAAACUGGUAGCAUAUAAAAGUAUAUUUUCAAAUCUGAUUUAGAGGACAAUGAAAAAUAAAGCUCAAAGAGAUUAGAAUGGAUGAGAUUAUUUUCCAAGAAUAUAUAGCCUACUGAUUCAAAUCUCAGCAACGAAAUCAUGAAAGUCCAAAAAGCAUUUUUAAAGAAAAGGACUGGCCUGGUUCUUUGUGCAGUAGCUUUAGGACUAGUGUACAUCUUGAUAUCAAAGCUUUCAACUAAUGGAAAAUAUAAAAAGGCAAGCAUCAAGUUGGAGGAAAUAUGGGGAUCAACAUUUUCAAAGAAUUCUACACAAUUGAAAGAUAUACAUGGAACACCUUCAGAGAAUAAACAAUUAAAUGAUAAUGUAACAUUGAACAAUGAAAGCAGAGGAUAUCAUCCACUAAACAGUAUAUAUUUUUUGAAAAUCCAUAAAACUGGCAGCAGUACACUACAGAGCAUUUUGCAGAGAUAUGGAGACAUAAAAAAUUUAUCAUUUGCAUUACACGCAAGUAGUAACCAAUUAGAAUAUCCUCAACUUUUCAAGAAAAACUUUACUAUGACGUUGAAGGCUCCCUAUUCAAGAUACGAUAUCAUCUGCCACCACCUCAGGCACAGUGAUGAAGUAUUUGAUGUGCUCAAACCAGAAGGGAAGGCAAUUACAAUGUUACGAAAACCAACAUAUAAUUUUAUUUCUGCAUUCAAAUAUUUUGACUAUUGGAGUAAGAACUGCUUUGGGACACAUAACAUUGACAAAUUUCUUUCAACUAUAGAAAGUUCAACCUACAAACUAACUGAAUCUGGAAAAUGUGCAAAUAGACAGUUAUAUGACCUGGGCAUGGAACCAACGGAUGCUAAAAAUGUUACUAAGGUUCAGAAGAAAAUCCAGGAAAUGGACAGAAUGUUUGACCUAGUGAUGAUAUCAGAAUACUUCAAUGAAGGUCUAAUAUUGUUAAAACACCUAAUGAACUGGUCAUUCGAUGACAUUGUAUACAUCAGUAAAAAUGUCCAAGCUAAGAAAACAACUGGAAUAGAUGUGACAUACCCAAAAGCAUAUCGGAAAAUCAGAGAACUCAACAUGGGUGAUGAAAUUCUAUAUCAGUACUACAACAAAACAUUUUGGAAUAUCAUCAAUGAUUUUGGGAGGGAGAGAAUGAAUACAGAAUUAUCCCAAUUCAACCAAGUGAGAGACAAGAUACAAAGGUACUGUAUUGAGGAAGAGGUCAACGGAACAAACAAAAAGUUAGACCAGUAUAAUAAUCCAACUUGGGUGCCUCAUAAGGUGAAUGCCUACCUUCUAUCAAAGGAAGGCAAGGAUAAUGCAACAUGUAGACAACUGGUAACUUAUGAAAUCGCGUACACUGACUAUUUGAGGCAAAAAAUGAAUUCACUUGGAUAUGUAUGAAGGACCACAAAAAGGAAGAUGUAAUCAACUGGUAACUUGAAUUAGAGUAAAGAAACAGUGCUGUUUGGAGCCUAUAAUUGAGAUGAAUGAAAAGUGACAAUUCGACAUAAGCACAUUAUGAUGUGCAAUAACCAAAUAUGAAUAUCCGUCCCAUUCAUUUUAAUGUAUUCAUUUUCUGUUGAUCUGUAUUGUUGUGUACAUUGUAUGCAUGUAUUGAAUGUAACUGUAUGUAAAUUGUUUUUAUUUGAUAUUAAAAUAAAUAAAAUAAUUAUAGAAGAAACAAACGUUUUCAUUAGUGGAACAUACAUUAACAGUUACCUUCCUCAGGAUUUAUAAAAUGCUUCCAGUUUUAAGAGUUCUACAAAAUACUACUUGUGUCACAUUUAUUUCUGCUUGAAAUUUGAAUUUGAUGUUCCAUGUGUUCUAUUGUGAUGAUUCAAGUUCUACUUUGAGGGGC